AUGGAGUAUGGGUCCCCUUCCCAUGCCCCCUAUGGGAUGGCCCCACCCCAGGGGAGUUACCCCAAUGGUCCGCCCCCUCCUAUCACCCAGAUGGAUGCUGGCCAGCCAACCACCCAGGUGGGUUACAACCAACCUCCUUCAGGCUACCAGGUACCGCUCCAACAACAGCAACAGCCCGCACCACCACCACCACAACAAAUGCCACCCCAACAGCAGCAGCAACAAUUUCAGCAACCAAUGGCUGGUGGUGGAGGCUAUCCUACUGGGCAAUAUGGUGCUCCUCCCCAGCAGCAACAACAGCAGCAACAAACGCAGCCUCAACCUGGUAGCAUGAAUCAGAGCUUCGGGUCACCUCACUCAUCGCUUGACUAUCGGCAGCAGCAGCAGCCGCCACCGCAGCAACAACAGCAACCAUAAUACCAGCCACAAGCAGGCAACCCCUACAACAUGCAAGCUAUGGCCAGUGCUCUACCGCAAGGCCAGGUACCGCCACAAGCGCAAGUGCCACCACAAGGGCAGGUGCCACCACAAGGGCAAGUUCCACCACAAGGUCAAUAUGGAUCUCCAGCGCCACAACAAUAUCAACCACAGGGCCAGCAACAGAUGAUGGGUGCAGGUGGCAUGCAGCAGAUGGUUCCCCCUGGUAUGCAAUAACAACAGCAACCACCCCCUGGCAUGCAACAGCCCCCUCCUCAGCAGCAACGUGAGGACACAUUGAUUUCUUUCGAAUAAUAGUUCAAGGAAAUCUCAUCAGUUAUUUUGUGUAAGCAUUCUUAUUCAUCUUCGUUCUGAAGAAUAAUUGUACUCGUCUCAUGUUCGCUCUUUCUUUCCCUAUUUUUCUUCCCUUCUAUCUUGUUACAAAAAUGCCACUUGUACUGUGACAAAGAAAUCACUCAUAAUUCAUACUAUAUCCCUUCCAUUAAUACUCAUGAGUAUUCUGAAUUAUUGGUUGGUGAUAAUAGAUAACCUUUCGCUAUGUAAACUUCUGGUCUGGAAAAAAAUAUUAAAAACUAUUUAAAGCUCUCACCUUGUCUUGGGCAUGGUGCAACAGUUAGUUUUAUCUAGUGGGCAGCCCUUGCAAUGUAGCAGCAUAGAUACUGAUCAGGUUUGGCUGAGUGCAGUGGUGGAACAAAUUUGGUCCAGAAUGGGAAUGCUGACCAGCUAGGACAAUAUUACCAAAAUUUGUUGUUCAUACUUUAAGAAGGGAUAUAAAACAAUUUUUUUUUAAGUAUUAGUGGGAAUCAUUCAGUCCUUGGUUGGGCUGGCAAUAUUAAUUGCCAGGCCAACUUCGGAUGAAUAAUUCCCCACUGUGCCGUUUCGAAGCCUGGUAUAUUUGUACAUUAAUC